UAGAAUAGAGGGGGUAAAGUGGAUUUUACCUUUCUUGAAUACACUCCACAUCAUGAACUACACCAACGCUCCACUGGCGGAAAGAAGUGGGGAAAAGGAAAUAAAGAAAGAAUAAAUGGCAGUUCAGUUCGCAACUCUAAACCCUCUUCAAAUUCAAAGAGGAAUUUCAGUUUCUUUACCUAGAAGAACCCAAUUGUUUCCAAGGGCUGCAGCAUCAGUUUCAUUGCCAUGGGAGGAGCAAAUUCCCCCAAAUGCCCUUCGCCGGAAGCGCGAUCCGUCUUGGCGGGGCGGCUUCAGUCUAGGGGUAGACUUGGGAUUGUCCCGCACCGGCGUUGCCCUUAGCAAAGGCUUCUCCAUUCGCCCUUUAACGGUUCUUGAAUUAAGAGGGCAGAAGCUUGAGCUUAGACUUCUUGAUAUUGCUGAAAAGCAGGAAGUUGAUGAAUUUAUAAUUGGGCUUCCAAAGUCUGGUCAAGGGAAUGAGACAGAGCAAUCGAAUAAAGUCCGUAGCGUGGCUGGGAGGCUUGCAGUUCGAGCUGCAGAGAGGGGGUGGAGAGUAUACCUGCAGGAUGAGCAUGGAACAUCUGCCGAGGCUCUGGACCAUAUGAUAGCCAAGGGCCUCAGUAGAUCUGCUCGUGAAGGGAGGAUUGACGCUUAUGCUGCUGUGGUGCUUGAAAGAUAUUUUUCAUAUUCGGGGAAUGGAAUAGAACUUGUUAUACCCAAGCAGGUGGAACUCCAGAACAAGCUCCGGCAAGGUCCACCCAAGGAUGUCGACUUUUUCCCAGAUGAUUAACAAGGUUGGUAAGUUACAAGCUUUUGUCAGCAAAAAGGAUAUCAGCUUUUUCCCAGGGGAACUGCAAGGAGGAUAAGCUAUAGGCCAAGGGAUAAGCUAUAGGAGUUGAGCUAGUUAUCAGGGGAGACUCUUGAAUCUGUUCUUAUCGUACUGGAGAUCCUUCAAUGUGCAUA